UUGAAAACAAUGGAGACGAGCGAUCCGUCGGGUCGAUUAACGAUAGAGGAUCUAUCUGAUUGUCGAAGCGACAGCAAUCAUUCCGAGACACAAAUACGUGCUUUUCAGGGUUACGAAAGAGUUAAGGAAUUAAAUUUGUCGGUGGAUAAAAAUAAAGAAGAUACUUCGAACGAACCGAAAGAUUUUCACAUUGGUCUAGAAGGUAGAACAUCGAUGCGUUUCGAUGAAUUUUCUAACGACAUUACUAGAGGCGUUUCAAUGACCUUAAACAAAGCAAAAGAUUUUGGUUACUCUACGAACGGCAUAAGUAACUUGAAUUAUUCAUUGGAAAGAACAAACGAACCUGAAGAUUCAAUGGAAAUGGCAACGUCACUUUGUAGAUCGAAAAAUUCCACCGCGAAGGAUUUACUUUUCAAUCUUCGCGAAACAAGACAAAAAAAUGCUCAUCCGACGCUCUCGUCUUUGGACAGAUGCAACAAGGAUCUUAAUUUUGGUAUCGAGAGAGAUAUCAAGGACUUUGGUUUGCUGAAGAAUUAUGGACUCGAUCGUAUGAAGGAAUUCAACUUGUCGUUAGAUCGGAUUAGAGACAAUCAUAUAAGUAAUCUCACACUCGAAAGGCUACGUGGAAAUGCUGGACUUCUGGAGAAUCCUGCCAUUUUGGACCACAGUGAAUUCAGAAAUCUUCAGGUGCAACAAAGAAGUCCAGAAUUGGAAGCUAUUGCCUUGGAACGUAUGAGACGUUCUCAUCUUUUAGGCACCGAUCUCUCCGUACAAAAUCUCUCGACGCAGCUCCCUCACUCGCAUGCCAUCACACAAAUGGAACACUCUCAGGCACAACAACAACAACAAGCUAAAUCCUUCACCAUCGACGCAAUUCUCGGACUGAGAAAUAAUCAAAGAGAAAAACGUGGACAACAGCAACAAUAUAGAAAACAUCAGGGUCAGGAAAGUUCAACGAAGAACGGAAGUUCGAGCUUACGUUCACCCGGCGGUGGAAAAUCAAAGAGAGUGAGGACGAUUUUCACAGCCGAACAAUUGGAACGACUUGAAGGCGAAUUCGCUCGUCAGCAAUACAUGGUUGGCCCUGAAAGACUAUACUUGGCUCACGCAUUGAGAUUGACCGAGGCGCAGGUCAAGGUCUGGUUCCAAAAUCGUCGAAUCAAGUGGCGCAAGCUUCACCACGAACAACAGACUCAGAGAGUUCAGGAAUUUCAGAGAUCGCUGAGCACGUCCUUAGAACACGAGGACUGCAACGAGACAGAUAAAUGGUGAAGAGGCUUGCAUCUCGAUCAUCUUAGAUCACGAUCGAGACAACACAUUCCUCUUGUCGUUUCUCUUCUCUUCCUUUUGCAAUCGUGUCUUCUUUCCAUUUCUUCUUUGAAACGUGUGAUCGCUCGAUUUUAACAACGAUCCGGCCAAGACCCAUUUUAAAUAUCGUUUCAAUCGAUAUAUUUAGCUAAAGAUAUUCCGAUCAUUUUUUUUUUCUUUUUACUUUUUUUUUCUUUUUAAGGAAAAGACUCCGUCCUUUUGAUUUAUUUAUUUCUUUUCACCUUUUUUUUCCUAACACGAUUCUAAUAUCGUGUAUCGAUUUCUUUUCUUAACUCAUUUGAAAAUCACGAAGGAAACCGAUCAAAGACUUUGUGAUUUUAGAGAAAAUUAUUGUUACACGAAGAUCACGUGUUACGAGAAAAAAGAUUAAUUCAAUUGAAAUGCAAUGUGAACAGUGAAAUCGUAGUAGAUAUAAAAUUGUCAAAAUAUUGUGGAA